UGACUUUCGACUUGGAGAUACAUGGUCAAAAGACCGGCAGCUCCUCCCUGACUCACUGCUCCAUCUUUAGAUAGUUAUGCAGAAAGAUUGACCUCCUCCACCAAUGGAUAGUCCAAGUGUCACGCCAUUGCUGCAGAGUGAACUAUUACCUCGCAACUGACCUAUCACUGUUGCAUUUAUCUCCUCAAAACGCAGGACAGCAAAGCUCGGCCAGCAUGUCCACCAAACGCGCACGCAGCGACUCCGACUCGCCCGCCGCCGACGCCGCCGCCGAUCUGUUGUCGUCCGAGGAGGAUGGGGGGUCGUCGUGGCCAGCAUCCCCAGCAUCCUCCGCCGCGCCCUCUCUCGGACGCUCCAAGGUGCACUUGCCAGACACAGCCGCUCCGGUUGCUGAAGUCAUGCACUGCUCCCUCCCACCGCACCGCGAGACCAUCGCCUUCGCCUCCUACGACGAUUACGAGGUCCAUUACCGGCAGUCACAUGUCAACCGCUGCUCCCAAUGUGGGAAGAAUUUCCCCACGGAUCGUUUUCUGAACCUUCACAUUGAAGAGAACCAUGACGCCAUCGUCGCGACGCGACGCGAACGAGGCGAGAAGACUUACGGGUGCUUCAUUGAGGACUGCGAGCGCAAAUGCUCGACACCUCAGAAACGCAGAAUGCACCUUAUCGACAAGCACAUGUUUCCUAAGACAUACAAUUUCUACAUAGUCAAUGAUGGAAUCGAUAAACAGACCUCGUUGUUGCGGCCAACCAAGACAUACCGGCGCCGUCUAUCGACUGCUCCUGCCUCCCCCCAGGAAGGGCGUCUGAGGAACAGACCGACUUCUAGCUCCUUUUCGAGCGCGAACGCGGAUGUGCAACAGACACGCGCGACCCCCGCGGCCUCCGAUGAGAUGGAGAUCGCCGAGUUGGAGAAGUCCAUGUCUGCUCUGCGAUUCGUGCCAUCCAGUGUUACGAGAAACCAUGGCAGGGUUGGAAGGAGAUCUUGACCUUGCAGUAGCUCCGCAUAUAGCUUACGUUCUACUCGAAAAAUCGAAGCAAGCAAGUGGACAGAAUCUGUGAUUCUUCGCGGUAUUUCGACGCCGGAUCAUUAGAUAACUCAUAUUUCUUUUGGCGCCUUGCUCAAAUUGGGAAACGGGUCACAUAGCAUAAGGGACUCUCCAGAAGGACCUGCAGCAACCAUCACAUGCGGGGAAGAGCAUCGAUGACAUUUCUGUUCUUUCGUGUUAUCAGAGCCUGGAGACUCCCUCCCGUGCCGGAAAGCACCUGCCAAAGUCGGCAGAAUGAGAUCCAUGUUGAGAUCCAUGUUGAGAUCCAUGUCACGGCAAGUGACAAGGGCGCAGGAGUUCGCUCCGCUCCAAAUGACAUAGCAAAUCAUAACGUAUCUAUAUACAGGGGUAAU